UUGAUUGAUAACAAUCAUAACAAUGCAACUUUACAAAUUUUUGAAGUUGUUCGUUCUAAACUGGACAAUAUGUUAAAUUGUUUGAUUUUAAAUCCCAGGAAACAUUUAUUUUUUCACAUUAAUCACGGAUUGACAUAUUUAUUGAAGAUUUUUGAUUCUACCGAAGAAAUCACGUUUCACCGAGAUGAAACUCGUACAUAGAAAUAUUGAAAAAGAUGGCAAAGGGACCAUAACAUUGAUCCCAGAGGAAUCAGAGGACAUGUGGCAUGCUUACAAUUUGAUAGCCAUCGGAGAUGGUGUUCGUGCUUCCACAGUCAGGAAAGUUUUGAAUGAAUCUGCCACUGGGUCAACAACUAGUAAUCGAGUACGAACCACUCUGACGAUAACCGUGGAAAAUAUUGAUUUUGAUACUCAAGCUUGUGUUUUACGAUUAAAAGGUCGAAAUAUCGAGGAAAAUCAGUACGUAAAGUUGGGAGCAUAUCAUACGCUGGACUUGGAAUUGAAUCGAAAAUUCACGUUGACUAAAGACGAAUGGGAUUCUGUUGCGCUUGAAAGAAUCGAAACCGCUUGUGAUCCCACCAAAAGCGCUGAUGCAGCUGCUAUUACUAUGCAAGAAGGAUUAGCGUAUAUUUGUUUAAUUACUUCGAAUAUGACUAUUGUCCGAGCUAAAAUAGAUGUGCAUAUUCCUAAAAAACGGAAAGGAAAUGCUCAGCAGUAUGAAAAAGGGUUAGCCAAAUUUUAUGAAAUGGUUUUGCAAGGAAUUCUAAGGCAUGUAAAUUUUGAUAUAAUCAAAGUCGUACUUAUCGCAAGUCCGGGAUUCAUUCGGGAUCAGUUUUACGAAUAUAUGUUUCAAGAAGCAGUAAAAUGUGAUUAUAAAGUAUUGAUAGAAAAUAAGAGUAAAUUCUUAUUGAUACAUUCGUCCACUGGCUUUAAACAUUCGUUGAAAGAAGUAUUAUCAACUCCGGUUGUGAUGUCCAAAAUGGCUGACACUAAAGCUCUAUCCGAAGUAAAAGCUUUGGAAAAGUUUUAUGAAACGCUUCAAGCUGAUCCAGAUAAAGCGUAUUAUGGAAUCAACCAUGUGGAAAAAGCCAAUGAUGCUCAAGCAAUUGAAACACUUUUGAUCACGGAUAGUCUUUUUAGAUGUAAUGAUGUUAAAGAAAGGAAACGAUAUGUGAAUUUAGUCGAUUCGGUUAGAGAAUGUGGUGGCGAUGUUAAAAUUUUUUCAAGUAUGCACAUAUCAGGAGAACAACUUACGAAUUUAACCGGCGUAGCAGCUAUUUUAAGAUUUCCACUGCCUGAUCUCGAUGAAAACGAUAGCGAAGACGAAAGCGACGACGAUGAUGAUCCUAAAAAAUGUGAUGAUAAGUCAGGUGACAAAAAGAAGAAUCGAUGAAAUAGACAGAGAAAGAUUAUACCUUAUAAUAUGAAAGAUCGUUAAAAACGAAUACUUGAUUGACAAUUGUAGAUUUUUUGAGAAAUGUGAAAUUUGUCAAAUUUAAAUGAAAUUUAAUAAAAAGAGACAAAAUCCAAA